CUUUUAGUUUCCUAAAUGUUUCGAGCGCGUUGUGACGUACCUGUGAGAACGGUGCCUAUACUUUUUGUCCUCCAGUAAAGAGAGAUCAUUUGUUGUUGUUGUUGUGUUGUGAAAAGUGCGCCCUGUGUGCCCCAUCCUGUGUCCGCCACAUCAUCUCUGUGUGCCAGAAAAGUCCAAAUCCUGCUGACGGACUGAAUUUCAUUUCUGUGUGUGUUAUCUUGUCGGGUUCAGCUACGAAAAAAAAACCACACAUAUUUGUUUUCUCACAUCUCCCCAAAAAAAUAUCACAUUUCGUCGUGCAAAAAAAAUAAAUUAAUUUAUCCAUCCCAACAAUGAUGGUGUAUCCGGAAGAACCCUAUUGGGAAGUGCCACCUGUAUCAGGAAUCUACGAUGAUGGAGAUUAUCGCGUAAACGUCGUGGAGGCUCUUCAGGAAUUCUGGCAGAUGAAACAGUCGCGUGGGGCUGAACUGAAGAACGGCGCCCUCGUAAUCUACGAAUCAGUCCCAUCGAAUAGCCAACCCUACAUUUGCUACGUUACACUCCCCGGUGGAAGUUGCUUUGGGAGUUUUCAGAAUUGCCCCACAAAAGCCGAGGCGCGACGGAGUUCCGCCAAAAUCGCCCUCAUGAAUUCCGUGUUCAAUGAGCAUCCCUCCCGGCGGAUAAGUGAUGACUUCAUUGAGAAGGCGGUCAAUGAAGCGAGAGCCUCCUUCAAAGGUGGCGAUGGUGAGGGUACUGAUGGACCCGACACGGGAAUUGGCGCCUUCCGAUUUAUGUUGGAGGCAAACAAGGGGCGCACAAUGCUGGAAUUUCAGGAGCUAAUGACGGUAUUUCAGCUACUUCACUGGAAUGGGUCACUGAAGGCAAUGCGGGAGCGGCAGUGCUCACGCCAAGAGGUUGUCGCCCACUAUUCCAAUCGUGCCCUGGACGAUGAUAUGCGUGCCCAAAUGGCACUCGACUGGAUCGCCCGGGAACAGGAGAAUCCGGGUGUGUUGGGCCGGGAGCUGGCUGUGGCUGAGAGAGAGUUAGAGACUGCCCGCCUGGCCGGUCGGGAGCUGCGAUUUCCAAAGGAGAAAAAGGACAUCCUCAUGCUGGCACACACGCAACUCGGUGGUGGGAGUGUGAUCAACAGUUGAACAGAGCUCCCUCCCCCCCGACGUCCUUGUAAGUCCACACAGCGAUUUAGCUGAUGCCCCCCAUACUCCCGCCCCCACAAUUUCCUUCCGUUAUAUAUAUAAAUAAUAUAAAUAGUUAGUCUUUUGUAACAUACUUUGUCCCACGUUUUAUCGUUUAAGUUAUAUAUCAAUCGUUGAUUGUAAUCAUCAUAAGCUCAAGUUAUAUGUGAUCCAUAGAUUGACAGACUCACGCACGCACCCGCACACUCAUUAAUUUUACAGUUGAUUUAAUCAUAACAUUACGCGUGUUCUUCCCUUGAAGAUUUAACAGUUUUAUUUAAAUUAAUAUCUUCUGAGGACUUUGCAAAAAUUUCCUCAGCAUAAAUCACUGAAGAACAUGCAAUUUUGGAACCCCUUAUUCCCUUCAUUAGUCAUUGAAAAUUUCCCAGAUAAGGAGAGGAAAUCUCCCUGAAAGUAAUUCAAUAAUUUUCUAUUUUUUAAAUUAAAUUAAAAAAAAAAACAUUUCAAAUCAAUUUUGAUAUAAAAAAGAAUCAUAAAACUACAUAAAGAAGCAAUUUUUCCAAACAAUUACCCCAUGAAGUGGCCAUGGCGGCUCUAAGUGGAAGGUAUGAGCAAAAAGAAGUUCAUUUUCCACCGUCGUCGUGACUUUUUUAUGUAAUGAAAUACAUUUUGGGAGAGAAAAUUGUUGUAAUUCCCAUAAUUCCCAUGAUGAGCAUUUUAGCGUCAUCCACCAUUCCCCUCUUCCUCUUCUUGUCCCAUCAACCACAACAUACACCAUUCACGGGCACAACAAUCCCAUUUGGAAGUAAAGAAAAAAUAGAGGAAAAAACGCAUAGAUAUUAAGAUAUUUUUAUUGUAUCAUUAACAAAUAAUCAAAUGUGAUGACUUUUAAUUUAUGAUUUUUUUUUUAUAAAAAGUAAAAGAAUUAUAUUUUUUAAUAUAAGAAACAAAAAAAAAAACAACUAUGACUAAACAAGAAAAAAAAGUAAAUAUUAGGAAAUAUAUCAUUCCCUCCCUGGACAUGAAGCACCUUCAACAAUAAUAGUUUAGUAGGAGAUAAUAAUGGUAAUCUCACGUUACGAUGUUACUUUACCUUUUUCUUCUUCAUUUUUUUUUCUUUCGAGAACAAAAUAAUAUAUACAAUACAUAUUACAUUCCAUUCAAUGAAAUUUCCUUUUGCACAAUGACAAAAAUAAAAACAAUUUCAGAGCAUUGAGAUUUUGGGAAAAGAAAAAAAAAGAAAAAUCUUCGACGAGUUGAUACAAAAAGUUUUGGCCAAAAAACGCUUUAAAUAUUUAAAUUUAAAUUAAAUCCAAAAUUAUCUAAUAUUUAGGUAAAAAAAUUUAAAGAAAAAAAUUAAUUGAGUGUGAAAGAUGCAAGAAAAAUCAUCGAAUUUAUGUGUAGAAAAAAAUUAAAAUAUAUUUUUGAUGUGAUUUUUUUUUAAUUUUCUAGGAAAAAAAAAGCUAAAUUCGUAAUAAAAAAAUUCUUUGCAUUGUAAAGUUGUAGGGUUUUCACUUUUCUUCUGAAUUUUAGAAUAAAAAAAAUGUGCUUUUUUGUAUUUUUCUUCCAAGUGUAGUUUAUUAAGAAAGUACAUAACUCUUGUUAGCUUUGUUCUCCAUCCCGUAAGAAUUUUUGAGGUUCUCUGUUGGUGAAAAUUUCAAGCCGGAAAAGUUAUGAAUUUUUAAAAAAUGAAUUGAGUUCUAAGAAAAGAAGGAAAAGCUCAGAAAAAUUAGAGAAAAAAGUAAAAUUCGGCAAUGCAAAAAAACAUAAAUUGAAUUAAAAUGAACUUAAGUUGAAUUAUUUGAUAUUCUUGUUUCAUUUUUUUUUUAAUUUUCUUCAUUUUUCCAGAUUGAAAUUUCAAAAAUUCAGAACCUUUCCCUUUUUGCAAAAAUACUAAGAGAAAAUUUAAUUCUUAUUCUGAGAAAAUCUUUGUUUGAAAAACUUUCAUUGAUUUGUCCAAUAUUACUUUGAAACCUAUGAGAAAAAAAAAUAAAAUUUUAAGAAUAAAUUUGGGUAAAAAUUAAAUUUUCUCUCAGUGCAUCCACUCUCUAUAGACACGAUUCUCUCACUGUAAAUAGUUAGUUUAUGCUGUACACACACAUAAUUUCUUAAUUGGAUGAUUAUUGCAUUAUGAGAAACAUUUUUUUAAAAAUAAAAAUCAUAUUGAAAUGAAAA